GUCCGGUACGUGCGAGGAUUUGGCUGUUGUAAGUAGAGCAAGAGAGUGUCUGGCCAAGGAAAUUAGUGCUGGAAUGCUCCAGUGUGGACUGCAGCUAUGAAUGAUCUGGUGGGACUGCUGUUGCUGCUCUGUGCAGCUGUGGGAGAAGCUCAGAUCACAUGUGUAUCGUCUUGUGAGUCUAGUUCCGAGAUUGCAGUCGUCACCAACAUCAGGGAAUGCUGUAUUGACAGUAUGGGUGGUGGGUUUCGGACGGGACCUAGCGCCUGCAGCUCCUGCAACCCAUUCAGAGUCGUGGAUCCUCAGAUUAGCUUCACGUUUGACCCCGAGAGCCCCAUUGUUGGAGAUCCGUUUACCGCCACUUGCUCGGCUGAAAUCUCCCCGGAAGUGACAGGCAGUAUUCAGCUGGAGUGGAGGAACGAGGUGGGAGCUACCAUCGCCACAAGUGGAGGAAACAAUAGUGCAGUGGUAUCAUUCACCAUCGAGAGCUACUCCAUGGACGAUGGCACCGUCAUUGGAGGCUUCAACUGCAGAGCUGCUAUACUAGCUGAGGAUGAGAUGAGAAACUAUGAGAUUGUACUGGGGAGGAACAUUCUGUUUACAUCAAGCAGUUCAUCGACCAGCAUCACGUCGUGUGGAGAUUUCACCGAAGGAUCUGAUUUCCAGCUGACGUGUACUGUGACAGGAGUCACCAAUAGCUCCCCGAUGAUCUUGUGGUUUGGACCUCCAGGACGCCCCACAUUCAGCUCAAACGGAGUGGAAGUAGGAGAUAUAAUUGCAAUGGGAAACACGUACUCUCGCAGCCUCCGAUUUCCCUCCCUCUCUCCUCAACAUGCUGGGAGAUACAUUUGCAUGAACUCUGUCACCAGUAGACCAACUGUGGAGCACCAACUGUUUCUGGCAGAUCGCAGUGUAGUCACCACUGAUCCAGUGGCAUUGGGUCGGCCGUUCGCAGCACGGUGCAGAGUGACAGUACCAACAGAACUAUCUGCCACAGUACAAACAAUCCUACUAGGUCCUGAGGACACGCAACUGGCCUCAGACAUUGGAGUCAGCAGAGCAGAGGCUGUGUUUCUCCUUCCCAGUCUCCAGGAAUCCGACCUCGGCCAGUACAAGUGUCGCUCCUCUGUCUUCUCCAAUCAACUUAACACUCCUGUAAUGGCUGAACAGAGCUUCUCCAUCAACAUUGAGAGAUGUGCGACUAGUCCAGCAAAAUGUACGAGAGUUCCAAACGCAGAGUGCCAGGACAGUUCCGACGGUCCCGUCUGUCUCUGUCGCUCUGGCUUCUUGAAAGUCGUGAGCAGAUGCAUGAACAAGAAUGAGUGCAGGAUGAAUCUCCACAACUGUUCUGAGAACGCUCUGUGCUUUGAUACUCGUGGCAGCUUUUUCUGCCUGUGUAGACCAGGGUUCUCUGGGGAUGGGGUGCAGUGCGCAGAUAUCAAUGAGUGUGUGGAGAGUGCAAGUGCCUGCGGUCCUUCUGAGAUUUGCGUGAAUACCGACGGCUCCUUUACCUGUAGUGAGGUGAUCCUUGAGCCCCAGACAGUGAAUGAGUGUGAGAUGGACGAUGGACCGUGCGAUGCUAAUGCCGUUUGCACGGACACGAUCCAGUCCUUCAACUGCACCUGCAACGAAGGAUACACGGGAGACGGAGAUGUUUGCACUGAUAUUGAUGAGUGCGAUAUGGGAAUGGAUGACUGUGAUGAAAAUGCUAACUGCAUCAACCUUCAGGGAGCCUAUCUUUGUCGGUGCAGGGACGGGUACUUUGGAACUGGAUACACCUGCAAACCAUUUCAAGACGAGCCAACAGUAGUGACCACUGCUUCAGAUGAACCAACAGUAGAGACUCCUGGUAUGCCGUCCACUCCCACCAACACCCGCUCUCGCCACAGCCACUCGCCCACUCCCACCACACCCGCUCUCGCCACACCCACUCUCACCACACCCGACUCUCGCCACACCCACUCUCACUACUCUCACACUAGAACCAAUACACCCACGGCCCAGCAGCCUCCCUGUGGUAACAGUAACCCAAUCAAUGAUGAGGAAGACACUACAAUGAGAAGAACAAGAACACGGACAACCCCUCGUUCAAACACUAGACCAACAGAUGUGCAGCAGGAAGAAGCCUCCUCAGGGACCGACUCAACAUCUCAGACACAGAGACCUUCCAACAGAGGUUCCAGUCCGGGCACACCCCGUGGGAGAUCAAGGGGCACCACGAGCACACCUGGAAGACAAACCAGCACUACUUCAAUUGCAGUUCAAGACUCACCAAUAACUGAAGAAAGUGAAGACUCGGAGCGAUCUCGGCACAGAACAAGAACCAGAGGCCACACGAGAACCAGACACCAACAAGCACCUCAGCCUCAAGGAGCAACUGAAGAAACCACAACUCGCAGGAAAUCGAGAAAGCGAGGCAGAAGUCGCGGCUAGACCUAGCCGCCUGCAUGUUUCCCCCACACACAUCCAUUACUACAAGAGAACCUUCUCACUUUAUCAUUACAUAUCAUUAUACCACUUUGGGCAUUGUAUGUGUGUGUUAAUAAUGAGCA